AUGGAUAGGAUGGUGAGAGCAUACUGCACCCGAAUGAGAAAGGCUACGCGUGUGCAGAGGGGCAAGAGGGAUCGGAUCCUGGGGCCGAUGGAUUGGGGAUGGAUUGACACCAUCGUCGACCAUUGGCUCCACGGCUCGGAAGAGGACGGAGUUACGCACGCUGCUGAUUUGCCAGAGCCUGUAUCAGUCGAUGCCGAAGCACAGCCAUGCCAGACCCCUUCCACCCCUGCGGGUGUCGCCCCUGUACAGCGCCCACGUUUGUUCUUUCCAGUCAGUGAUGGGGAGAUGGAGAUGCACGAAAGUGGCCGCGAUCACGCCACUCUGGACUCCGGCCCGUGCCCUUCACAUCGUAACACUAGGCGCAGAUUAUUGGGUGGCUCGACAGACUGCCAGCAGUGACGGGGUCAGGUGGAUGCAAAUGGUGUCCACUGCCCGGGCUCCAUUUCUGCCUCCCCGCUCCAUGUGAGGUUAUGUUUAUAUGUACCUAUGAUCCACCUUCUGUCGGACUCGCUUUCUUGCAUUCACCGUACUAUACACUGCACUCUCUCAGUUAUAGCAAGGUUCCAGCAUGGACAAGUUACACUGCCUUGCUCAACUUACUGUUUCAACGCAUCCGCCCUCUACCCAAGAUCACUGCUGUCCAACCUGCUGCGAUCGCGGCAGGAAUGCUGGCCCCAUUGACGCAGCACUGCACGAAAACGCUGCACCACUCCGAGUGGUCCGACGACUCAUGCGUUCUGGAUCAAGGCAUCCCUAUAGCGCGGCACCCAUGCAGCCUAGACGGCACAGUGCGGUCAAUUUCGGGCCGGCUGAGGCCCAUCAUGCUUCAUGAGUUGCGAAUGGACUUGAAACUUUAGGCUGCCCCUGCCACGUCCUUUGGCCCACACACUUCGUGCACAUCCCUUUGCUCCAGCAUGCAUACUGCACGUGGCUCUUGCCGUGUCUCCCAUUUGGCCACUGGGUGCUGGUCCCCGCUAAACUGUAGCUCUAUUUGUGGGGUAUUGUGUUUCAGCUCGUGGCCCCUUUCUUUUUUAAUACUCUGACGGCAAAGAGGAGGUCUCCCCACAGCUUCGGGUACAGUUUGCACAUCUAUGCAUGCAGGCUCUCAUGGUCAGGGUUCUGGCACUCAAGACUUAUGCAAUUGUGGACGUGCACUCAAAUGCCUGCCGGAUAACAAUCCUCCAGUAGCUUGAUGACUGUCUGCGCUGCCCUACCGUUUGUGCGUCAUUGAUCGGCAUCCGCUUCACAAUGCUCCUAUAUGCCA